AUGACCAAGGCGCUGACACGUGACUUCUCAAAGGUUCCAGAGGGUUCGCAGAGUUUCUGUUUUUUCUCUCACCUCACCCACUCGUACUCUCGCGAAUCUCCUAAUAUCGCUAUGUCUUCCUCAAAAGCCAUCGGUAUCGAUCUUGGCACUACCUACUCAUGUGUUGGUGUCUGGCAAAACGAUCGCGUUGAAAUCAUCGCCAACGACCAAGGAAACCGUACUACGCCUUCCUAUGUCUCCUUCUCGGAUAAUGAGCGUCUCAUUGGAGAUGCCGCCAAGAACCAGGUCGCGAUGAACCCACACAACACUGUCUUUGAUGCCAAGCGUCUCAUUGGUCGCAAGUUCGAUGACCCAGAGGUUCAGUCCGAUAUCAAGCACUUCCCCUUCAAGGUCUUCAGCAAGGGUGGCAAGCCUUACAUCAAGGUCGAGUACCGCGGUGAGGAGAAGGAAUUCUCCCCCGAAGAAAUUUCUUCCAUGAUCCUUCUGAAGAUGAAGGAGACCGCUGAGGCCUACCUCGGAACGACUGUCACUAACGCCGUCGUCACUGUCCCUGCCUACUUCAACGACUCUCAGCGUCAAGCCACCAAGGACGCUGGAACCAUCUCCGGCAUGAACGUCCUUCGUAUCAUCAACGAGCCGACUGCCGCCGCCAUUGCCUAUGGCCUCGACAAGAAGGUCUCCGGCGAGCGCAACGUCCUCAUCUUCGAUCUUGGAGGAGGAACCUUCGAUGUCUCUCUUUUGACGAUCGAGGAGGGUAUCUUCGAGGUCAAGGCCACCGCUGGUGACACCCAUCUUGGUGGUGAGGACUUCGACAACCGCCUCGUCAACCACUUCAUUCAGGAAUUCAAGCGCAAAAACAAGAAGGAUCUCUCCGCCAACCCUCGUGCCGUUCGCCGUCUCCGCACUGCUUGCGAGCGUGCCAAGCGCACCCUCUCUUCGGCCACCCAGACCUCCAUCGAGAUCGACUCCUUGUUCGAGGGCAUCGACUUCUACACGUCCCUCACCCGUGCCCGCUUCGAGGAGCUUUGCCAAGACCUCUUCCGCAGCACCCUCGAGCCCGUCGAGAAGGUCCUCCGCGACUCCAAGAUCGACAAAGCCAACGUCCACGAGAUUGUCCUUGUCGGCGGUUCCACUCGUAUUCCCCGUAUCGUCAAGCUCGUCUCCGACUUCUUCAACGGCAAGGAGCCCAACAAGAGCAUCAACCCCGACGAAGCCGUCGCCUACGGUGCCGCCGUCCAGGCUGCCAUCCUUUCUGGUGACACCUCCGAGAAGACCCAAGAUCUCCUUCUCCUGGAUGUCGCUCCUUUGUCGCUUGGUAUCGAGACCGCUGGUGGUGUCAUGACCGCCCUCAUCAAGCGCAAUACCACCGUCCCGACCAAGAAGUCCGAGAUCUUCUCCACCUACUCUGACAACCAGCCCGGUGUGCUUAUCCAGGUCUACGAGGGUGAACGUGCCCGCACCAAGGACAACAACUUGCUCGGCAAGUUCGAGCUCUCUGGUAUCCCUCCUGCUCCUCGUGGUGUUCCGCAAGUAGAGGUCACCUUCGACAUCGACGCCAACGGUAUCCUCAACGUCUCCGCGUCCGACAAGACUACCGGCAAGUCCAACCGCAUCACCAUCACCAACGACAAGGGCCGUCUCUCCAAGGACGAGAUCGAGCGCAUGGUCCAGGAAGCCGAGAAAUACAAGGCCGAGGAUGAAGCUGCCGCUGCUCGCAUCACCGCCAAGAACGGCCUCGAGUCCUACGCAUACAACCUCCGCAACUCGUUGACCGACGAGAAGCUCGCUGGGAAGUUCGAACCCGCCGACAAGACCAAGCUCGAAGGCGCCGUCAACGACACCAUCUCAUGGCUCGACAGCUCGCAGGAGGCGUCGAAGGAGGAGUACGAGGAGAAGCAGAAGGAGCUCGAGGCGAUCGCCAACCCCAUCAUGCAGAAGCUCUACGGUGCUGCUGGUGGCGCUCCUGGCGGCUUCCCGGGUGGUGCUGCUCCUGGCGGUGCUCCCGGGGGCUUCCCCGGCGCCAGCGAGGACGGUCCCAGCGUCGAGGAGGUCGACUAA